AGCGAUCGGAGAUGGAUGUGUCUCUUUGCCCAGCCAAGUGUAGUUUCUGGCGGAUUUUCUUGCUGGGAAGCGUCUGGCUGGACUAUGUGGGCUCCGUGCUGGCUUGCCCUGCAAAUUGUGUCUGCAGCAAGACUGAGAUCAGUUGCCGGCGGCCGGACGAUGGGAGCCUCUUUCCCCUCCUGGAAGGGCAGGAUUCAGGGAACAGCAAUGGGAACGCCAGCAUUAACAUCACGGACAUCUCAAGGAAUAUCACUUCCAUACACAUAGAGAAUUGGCGUAGCCUGCACACGCUCAACGCCGUGGACAUGGAGCUGUAUACGGGACUUCAAAAACUGACCAUCAAGAACUCAGGACUUCGGAGCAUCCAGCCCAGAGCCUUUGCCAAGAACCCCCACUUGCGCUAUAUAAACCUGUCGAGUAACCGGCUCACCACACUCUCGUGGCAGCUCUUCCAGACGCUGAGUCUUCGGGAAUUGAGAUUGGAACAGAACUUCUUCAACUGCAGCUGUGACAUCCGCUGGAUGCAGCUGUGGCAGGAGCAGGGGGAGGCCAGGCUGAACGCCCAGAACCUGUACUGCAUCAGCGCCGACGGCUCGCAGCUCCCUCUCUUCCGCAUGAACAUCAGUCAGUGUGACCUUCCUGAGAUCAGCGUGAGCCAUGUCAACCUGACUGUACGAGAGGGUGACAAUGCUGUCGUCACUUGCAAUGGUUCUGGGUCGCCCCUGCCUGAUGUGGACUGGAUAGUCACUGGGCUACAGUCCAUCAACACCCACCAGACAAAUCUGAACUGGACCAAUGUCCAUGCUAUCAACUUGACGCUGGUGAAUGUGACGAGUGAGGACAAUGGCUUCACCCUGACAUGCAUUGCAGAGAAUGUGGUGGGCAUGAGCAAUGCCAGCGUCGCCCUCACUGUCUACUACCCCCCACGUGUGGUGAGCCUGGAGGAGCCGGAGCUGCGCCUGGAGCACUGCAUCGAGUUCGUGGUGCGUGGCAACCCCCCGCCUACGCUGCACUGGCUGCACAACGGGCAGCCGCUGCGGGAGUCCAAGAUAAUCCAUGUGGAGUACUACCAGGAGGGUGAGGUCUCCGAGGGCUGCCUGCUCUUCAACAAGCCCACGCACUACAACAAUGGCAACUACACCCUCAUUGCCAAAAACCCGCUGGGCACAGCCAACCAGACCAUCAACGGCCACUUUCUCAAGGAGCCCUUUCCAGAGAGCACAGAUAACUUUAUCUUGGUGGAUGAAGUGAGCCCCACACCGCCUAUUACUGUGACCCACAAGCCAGAGGAAGACACUUUCGGGGUGUCCAUAGCAGUUGGGCUUGCUGCUUUUGCCUGUGUCCUGCUGGUGGUUCUCUUUAUCAUGAUCAACAAGUAUGGUCGGCGGUCCAAAUUUGGAAUGAAGGGUCCUGUGGCUGUCAUUAGUGGUGAGGAGGACUCAGCCAGCCCACUGCACCACAUCAACCAUGGCAUCACCACACCCUCGUCGCUGGACGCUGGGCCCGACACUGUGGUCAUUGGCAUGACACGCAUCCCUGUCAUUGAGAACCCCCAGUACUUCCGUCAAGGACACAACUGCCACAAGCCAGACACAUGGGUCUUUUCAAACAUAGACAAUCAUGGGAUAUUAAACUUGAAGGACAAUAGAGAUCAUCUAGUCUCAUCAACUCACUAUAUAUAUGAGGAACCUGAGGUCCAGAGUGGGGAUGUGUCUUACCCAAGGUCACAUGGUUUCAGAGAAAUUAUGUUGAAUCCAAUAAGCCUUCCUGGACAUUCCAAGCCUCUUAACCAUGGCAUCUAUGUUGAGGAUGUCAAUGUUUAUUUCAGCAAAGGACGUCAUGGCUUUUAAAAACUCCUUUUAAGCCUCCUUGUUUUGAUGUCACCUUGGUAGGCUGGGCCCUCUGAGAGGUUGGAAGCUCUAGGCCUUGUUCUCUUUGGAUCCAGGGAAACUAAGUAGAAACUGCAUGAGCCACUGGUGACCCCACACCCUUUAACUCCACCACGAUGGGUGUUUUCCUCCAUCCACCACUGGCAGGGUUGCCCCUUUCCUCCAAUCAUCACUGUGCUCCUUUUUUCCCCCCGGCCUAUGAGGCAGCUCCUGCCACCAUUUUUAGAGCCAAUAAAGAAAAUUAAAACCCUGUGCACCAGGAGCAUCUUUUAAACACACUAGCCAUUCUCUUGCUUUACAAAAACAACCUAAGCACCACGGGAAAGCCUGAUGAAGUCCAGCCAUGCUCCAGCCUCACUUUCUCUGCCUGGAAGCGUGAGGUCUCCCUGCCUCUCCCUAGGAUACCGUGCUGUCCUCUUAGUGACCUCGUCGCCCUGCAACCUCCAGUGGGGAAGAGUCACAGAGAGAACAUAAGCAGAGGUGGAGACGGCGCGGUAAGAGGAGGGGAGCCAGGCCCGAGUAUUGACACCGAGUUAGGUCUCAGAGGAAAGAAUGGAAACCAAUCACUUUAUAUACAUAUAUAUAUAUAUUAUUUUUUUUUGGUGGAAAAGAAUUUAUCCUUUUUUGUUUUUGUUUUUGGACACACUUGCCCCUUCCUUCUUGUUCUCUCUGCAACGGCUCACAGUGAGUGCGAUAGUAGAAAACUCCUUGGGAAGGAGAGUUUCUCCAGGCUCCUCCUUGGCCCCUAGAGCUGCAGUUCCGGUGAGCUUUGGCUGCAGGAGGUCUUGCCUGUGAUUUGGCCAUCCUGCUAGGACCGCAAGGGACCGAGGGGAUCAGGGACCAAGGCCCUUCCUGCUAGUUCAUGAUCCCAGGAUUGGCUCUCUUCCCCUACUUCCACUUAUUCUUGACUCUGAGAACUUUUGGAACCCAGUGGAAUCAGCAUUUCAAGGUCAAGAUGAACUGAAGGGGAAGAGAAGUAAAACUUGGCCUCCUCCAGCCCCUCUCAUGGCACCAAUGGAAGUGUCCUCCUGUUCUCUGGUCAAUAUGUGUGUUUACUUUGCUUGCUUUGACUCAUGCCUUACUCCACGGCCACCCUCUCCCAAAGAGGGGGUUUGUUUUCCUGAUCUUCAACUUAAUCCACUGGGGAGAGGGAAGGGGAUAGCUUUCCCUUGCUUCCACAGGAAAGGCACAUGUGUAGGGCCUGCAAGUCACCCAGAUGUGCUGACAUGUUGGUUGAGUAGACCUCUGGCUUGGCUCAGUUCCUCCUGCCCACGGGGCCUCUGUCAUGAGAGGUCAGCAGAGACCGCCUGCCGAGGUGGAAAGCAUGGCAUAGGGGAAUAGGGAGCCUCCUGUGCGGAGCUGUUGGGACAAAAUUGUGAUUGUUUUAACCCAAAAAACCUUGGGGUGCUAUUGCACAGCAAUAGAGAAUAGAGUCUAUGCCUUUGGCAGAUUCACCUGGGAGUUUAGAUUCCCCUUAAGGCUUUUACUUCCUGAGUCCAUUGGAUGGUGGAUCUUCAUGUCAGGUUCCUAGCCUGAUUCUGCAGAUGCCUCCAUGGGAGUUAAAAACAUAAAGCUUUCCAAAUUCUUGCCCAGUAUCUGGGGUGGCCUCCCAGGCACCUGAGUUUCCAGAGUCUCACCUGGAGAUUCAGGUUCUGUCCAGGGCCCCCAGGUGUAUGUUUCUUUCACCCCCUCCAGCUUCCCUCUUCCCACUCCCCAUUGCUCCAUGUCCAGAUAUUCCCUGUCAUGCCCUGGGACCCUUUGAGGUCAGGGCCUCCUUCCAAAUGUGGCUUCAAGGAGUAAGCUUGAGGAUGAUUUUUUUUUAAUUAUUGUAAAUCAUUACCUCAUUUCCAGCCUCGUAGGCUCCAUCCAUCCUAGCAUCUUUUAUUCUGCCAUUUUCUCCACCUUGUGCUAUGACAAUGGGGCGUUGUGUUUCCACAGAGACUUAUAGGAGUGUUCAGUGUAUAGUUUCUUAAUAAACACUUUAUUUUCUAAUGAAA